AUGUCUGAUUUGGGGCCUUUGAGUUAUUUUUUGGGCAUCUUUGUGACUCGUACACCAUCUUAUAUGCUUCUUUCCCAAAAGAAGUAUGCACAGGAAAUUCUUGAGCGAGCAGGUAUGGGUGAUUGUAAAUCGGCCGCUGCACAUGUGGAGGUUAAGUCUAAACUUAGCUUGAUUCCCGUUCGCCUGUUUGGGAUUCUACUAAAUACCGUAGUCUUGCAGGGAACCAUUGAUCAUGGUUUACAUUUAUAUUCGUCUGCUACUACACGGUUGAUUACCUAUACUGACGCCGAUUGGACGGGUUACCAAGACACUCGCCGUUCGACUUUCGGUUAUUGUUGCUUUUUGGGUGAUAACCUUAUUUCAUGGUCGUCGAAACAUCAGCAUACACUGUCUAAGUCCAGUGCAGAGGCAGAAUACCAAGGCGUAGCUAAUGUUGUCUCGGAGGCUUGUUGGCUCCGUAAUCUCUUGCUUGAGCUACAUUGUCCUCUUCGCCAGACCACUCUUGUUUAUUGUGAUAAUAUCAGUGCAAUUUAUUUGUCUACAAACCCAGUCCAACACCAAUGCACGAAACAUGUUGAGUUAGACUUAGACUUUGUUCGUGAGAAGGUUGCCUUGGGACAGGUUCGAGUAUUACAUGUUCCUUCACGUUAUCAGUUUGCAGAUAUUUUCACGAAAGGCCUACCUCGAGAUUUGUUUUUGGAUUUCAGAUCCAAUCUUACCGUACGACCUCCUCCCGCUAUGACUGCGGGGGUGUAA